AUGGGUAAAAACGGUGGCUUUUUAACACCGAAAGCAAUUAGUAAUCGAAUCAAGGCGAAGGGUCUCCAAAAGCUACGAUGGUAUUGUCAGUCAUGUCAAAAACAAUGUCGAGAUGAGAAUGGAUUUAAAUGCCAUAUACAAAGUGAAUCUCAUCAGCGACAGUUAUUGCUUGUUGGAGAGAAUCCGGGGAGAUAUAUCGCUAAUUAUUCACACGAAUUUCACAGCGGCUUUUUCAGUACUCUUCGUCGUUCGUUUGGCACGAAGCGCGUAUUAGCCAAUACAGUCUACUGUGAAUAUAUCAAAGACAAGGAUCAUGUUCAUAUGAAUGCAACUCGAUGGGUUGCCUUGGCAGGAUAUGUUCGUUGGCUUGGUAGUCAAGGUCUUUGUGAGAUUGAACAGACAGAACGCGGAUGGUACAUAACGUUGAUUGAUAAAGAUCCGGAUUCUGUUCGUCGUGAGAUGGAAAGUGAACGGAAAGAAAAGAUGGAUUUGGAUGAUGAACAACGCCGACAGAAGUUAAUCGCCGAUCAAAUUCGACGAGAUAAAGAAAAAGGGAUUGAAUUACCAGCACCUGUAUAUACUGAGUUAGUUCGAAAAGAUGAAGAAGAAAAAGUGCAAGUGUCGUUCAAUCCAGCGGUUCUUGCGGAAAAGAAGAAAGUUCUACCUCCGUCGAUACUUGUUACGAGUAGUAAAAAGCAACCAGACAGUUUAGAUGAACCUGAUCAAAAGAGACCAAAAAUUGAAACGCCAGUUCUCAAACGAACAGCGCUUGAGGAAGUUCGAGAGAUGGAAGAAAAACGAAAAGAGGAACAAAAUCGGAAAGAUUAUUGGUUACACGAGGGAAUUAUUGUCAAAAUUCUAACAUUGAAACUCGGCGAGGAAUAUUAUAAAAAGAAGGGCGUCGUUAUUAAAGUUGAAAAUCACUAUCAAGCUGUUAUAAAAAUGCUGGAAACGAAUAAGAAGAUUCGUGUUGAUCAAGCACAUGUCGAGACUGUUAUACCGGCGCUUGGAAAGAAAGUACUCGUUGUGAAUGGAGCAUACCGUGGGCAGGAAGCGAUUUUAGAAGCCAUUCAUCAAGAAUCAUUCUCUGUUGAUGUUACACUGCUGACGGGAUCAAUGACUGGAACUAGAAUCGAGAACAUGAUCUAUGAAGAUGUUUCGAAACUAGCUUAA